GUUGGACGCGAUUACUUAGACGCGACUACUGGAGUACCUUUCUAAUUCAUGUGAAUUUAAUAAUGAGAAAGGUCACUGCCCACUCUAUCUAAUCACUCAUGCACCUACUCGCCGACUGACAACAAUAUACCUACAACCUAUAACCUACACGUCUAUUUACAUAUUCAAAGCAUGAUUAGGCACGGUGCUGUUUGUUAAAUCUCUCCUUCAUGUCUACAGACGUGACGACCCUAUCGAUAGUAGCUCGUUGUACCUAUUCCGGCUAUCAUUAUUGCCAUUACCAUGGUCACCAUGGUUGAAAAUGGCGACGUUGUCGACCCUCAAAAUAAGAAAAUACAUCCUUUUUUCGUGGCACCAAAGAAUUCUUCCAAAGAUAAUCUGUUCAGCAAUGUAACCCCUGUUACGCCAGACCCUUCCUGUAGCCCUAAAUCUGUUGAUAACAGCACCGACUCAACUCCUCUGUCGGGCAAGGGCAAGCGCAAGAGGAAACAUCGGCAAACUGAUGAUGCCCGAGAUACUUCCUUCUUAGGUUCCUCAUCCAAGCCACCAAAGGUGCUGAAACUGAAUCUCGCAACUGGAACUAUCGGCUCUCCUCCAAGAUCCCAACCUAUUAUAAGUAAAAAGAAUACGAAGCGGGGUCGAAAACCCAAGACUUUCUUAGCUUCGAUACGUUACGGCCAGGGCGACGAUGCUUCCCGAGUUAGAAUAGCGCAAAGGAUCAACGAGAUUUUGGCAGGUUCCCAAGGGACGAAACUCAAGAUUACACGAGAUGCUCUUCCCAACACGCCCCCCUCGAGCCGAGAUACAAAUAAGCAGCCUGGCAACGGCCUAGACAUACAAGAAGAAAGCACCCAGCAAAAGGGUGCUACCAAGUGUAUACCAGGAGAGCAGACAUUUCAACCCGCCGCAUCCAAGACCGAUAUAACACCCGACAAACCCACUCACCCAUUCUUUCAAGGAAAACCGAAACCUAGCACUGCCGCAGAAGAGAAGGAAAAAUCCAAGCUUACGACAACAUCACAAGUCAAAAGAAAGGUCUUUUUCAGCUCGACCCCCAACUCAUCAAAACAUAUUAGACCAGUACCGCCCAGGUUCAACUUCCCAACUCCCGGUAUGAGCCAUAGCAACAAUGUCAAGGUACCAGGCGCACAGUAUCCGGCCUGGCCGUCGAAAGAGGCGGCACACGUACGGGGUGACAUACUCCAGCCUUACGAGACCUGUGAAGAUGUGAUCCCUGAAUACCUUCUGAAGGAACGAAAGGCGAAAGGGCAGCAAGUUCGAAUUAGCGAAUCGGAAUCUGUUUUGAACCAGGUUGUGUCGAAUUUGAAUUUGAAGCAGUUGGCGGGAGAAUUAAAGGCUUGCGACAAUGACAAAUUUCAUCCUCCUCCUGCGGUCUUGCGGAUUCCUGGAAGGCAUUUCGAAAGUGGGAAGAAUCUCCAGGCGCGCAUUUUUGGCGAAUUGAAAACUCUCCAUCGACGUUGUGGCGACGAUCCAAAGACACACCCGGCAAUCGCGCACGCCUACAAUUCCAUCGAGAAAGGUUUAUCCGCUUUCGAUAGGUCAACCUGUGAGACAAGCUCUUGGGCGCAGAAGUAUGCACCCUCAUCAGCGGAGCGAGUGCUCCAGAGCGGUCGGGAAGCCGAGUUACUACGCGAUUGGCUAGAAAACCUAAAAGUGUUGGCCGUAGACACCGGUACGAUAGAUUCUGGAACAAAGCCCAAGGCAAUCGCUGCAACGAAAGGUAAAGGCAAGAGAAAGAAAAAAUCGGAUGAUUUCAUUGUCUCCAGCGACGAGGAAGCAGAUGAACUUGGCGAGAUAUCAGACGCGAUAGGAGACUGGUCGGCAAGCGGCAGCAAUAGCAAUGCGAAGAAGACAGUGAUGCGGUCUGGUUCUCAUCGAGACUCUCGAGACGGUGGUCGCUUUGUUAAUGCUGUAGUUCUCAGCGGCCCGCACGGUUGCGGCAAAACUGCUACCGUGUAUGCCAUCGCCAAGGAGCUUGACUUCGAAGUAUUCGAAAUUAACGCAGGGGCUAGAAGGAACGGCAAAGACGUCCUAGAGAAGGUUGGAGAUAUGACACGGAACCAUCUCGUCCAGCGUCACCACAAAAACGACUCGCAACGAGAAGAGGUGGUCGCCGAAGACGAGGUAGAUCGGGACCUAAAAUCUGGCAAACAAGGCACCAUGACAGCUUUCUUCAAGCCAAACCCAGCUCUGGCGCAAAAGCCAGCCAAGUCGGCAGAUUUGUCCGGCGUAAAGGAGGUAAAGAAGUCUUCUAAAACACAAAAGCAGUCUCUAAUCCUGCUGGAAGAAGUCGACGUCCUCUAUGAAGAGGAUAAACAAUUUUGGACCACUGUCAUCUCUAUGAUUUUACAAUCUAAACGUCCUUUUGUCAUGACUUGCAACGAUGAGACCUUGGUUCCCCUGCAGAGUUUGAACCUGCAUGGCAUCUUCCGCUUCUCUAGUCCGACCAAGGACCUAGCUGUCGAUUUAUUAUUGUUGAUUGCCGCAAAUGAAGGUCAUGCCCUCCGACGACACGCGGUGGAGACGCUCUACGACUCACGCGGCCAUGAUCUCCGCGCUUCGAUCACUGAGCUCAAUUACUGGUGUCAAAUUGGAGUUGGAGAUGCGCAAGGAGGCUUCAACUGGUUUUAUCCUAGAUGGCCCAAGGGUAGUGAUGUUGACGAAGGAGGAGAUACCAUCCGGGUUGUCAGUCAGGAUACUUACCAAACCGGUAUGGGCUGGUUAAAUAGAGACGCUGCCGUUAGUAAUUCGUUACUGCGUUCGACACAGGAGGAGCUGCAUCAGCAAGCUUUCUGUAACUGGUCUUUCGAUGCAUAUGAAUCAUGCACAUACGACGAUUUUGUUUCUAGGGCGGCAACAGCUAUCGAGCGAGGGUCGCCCGCCAAAGAACGGCUUGAACUUCUCAAGUCAAUCGAAUCUUUUACCGGCUUCAUGAGCGAUGCAGAUAUAGGCUCGUCAGAUUUCUCAGAUGUGCCUAACCAGGUUUCUAUGGACGCCUCGAUCCCCCAUAUUCCGACAAAGACGAGAGAAGAUUUCAUUGUGGGUCGGCAGUUACUUGAGGCAUUCCCUUUGGUCCGAUACGACACGAUGGGUCUUGACGUGUCCACGGCCUUGAAGGAUCUUGGUAAAAACGAGUUAAGGGAUGCCCAGACGUUUGACGGGACCAGAGACGUCUGUAGACCGUUAGACGAAGCCCAGGUCACCACCAAAUUAGAAGUCUAUCUUAGCGACUUGCUGCGUGCAGAGCCGGCCGUUGUACGCUUGGAUUAUAGCCUUGCCUUCGACCCUAUCGCCGCUUCGGAGAAGAAUAUGGCUGCGGGUUACCUUGAGCCCUCAGUAUUUGACGGAACCACGAAGACGAUCAGCCUUGAUAUCGCGCCAUACGUACGCGGCAUCGUGGCAUACGAUCAGAGGCUCCAACAAGAAAGGCUUUCUCGCAGCAGUCUCCUCAGCGAAGGUGGACAGCCAGGGAGGAAGCGCAUGCGCACAACGAGGAGCGCAUACUCGGCAAUAGAGGGCGGCGCCCGAGCUAGUACAAGGCGGGAAAGAUACUUCACGGCAGAUAUCAACCCACAUCUCGUGAUGCGGACAGGUGGUAGAGGAUGGGAAGCGAUCGCAUCUUUCGCUACUCGCAGGCAAGAUGCCACGGGCCGUAGCGUACAGAAUUCCGGAGAGAUCGAGAAUGAUGAUAACCCCGACUGAACUCGAAUGCUGUCUGGAAAAUUGUGGCUUCAUUUAUGAAAUGUAUAUAGUUCGUGACCAUAAACGUUUUACACAACGAAAUGCAUUAAAGGGGCGUUUGAGCGCUGGGUGUUGCGUUCUAAAGGAGGUUGGCUUGCUACAAACCACGGAUACGGCUGUCAUGGUUCGUUCGCAUAGAUCUAGGAUCGCAUAUAUAUACAACGAAAGAAGCCGCA